AAGGGAGAAGGGGUUAGAACUUAAACAAGGAAAUACGUAAAGCAGAGAAGGCGCAAGGAAGAGGAAAAAGCUGCCCUCCUUUCCUUCCAUUCCAACUAAAAAGCUACAAACUUUCAGAUGGGACAAUCACGAGACGUCCCUGAAAUCCCCCCACUCUGUGUUCAUCAUCUUUCAUCUUUCCAUGCCAGUUCCAAAACCCACCUCUAAUCUCAUCACAUCAACCUCCACUCCACAAUGUCUGUCAUCUCUCUCAACUCCCUCCUGCAAUUUUGCAGUUCGGCCAUGAAAGCUUGAAACCUUCUCCCUAUUUCUUUCCCACGUUUUGAAUCAGUUCAUGCACUUCCUGAAAUGGCCCUCUCUCUUGAUCUCUGUUUCUUCUUUCCUUGGGAAAAAAGUUAGUUAUUAGUAUUGCAAUGGCUGGUUCUUGGUUCCCUGCUUUCUGCCAUGGGAAACCCAGGAGCAAACGAAGAUUAGCAGUACCUUCCGUGUCCUCAAGAGGGCACCAGUUGAACUCCGAGACCAUGGAGAGGAAGAGGUUCGACAGCUUGGAAUCCUGGUCCAUGAUACUGGAGUCUGAGAACGUGGAGACGUGGGAGGCCUCUCCCAAGGAAGACCAAGAGGAGUGGACAGCCGACCUCUCUCAGUUGUUUAUAGGGAACAAAUUCGCCUCUGGGGCGCACAGUAGGAUAUAUCGAGGAAUCUACAAGCAGAGAGCAGUUGCUGUUAAGAUGGUCAGGAUCCCUAACCAGAAAGAGGAGACUAGAUCUCUCCUCGAGCAGCAGUUCAAAUCUGAAGUUGCUUUGCUCUCCCGGCUCUAUCAUCCCAAUAUCGUGCAGUUCAUUGCUGCGUGCAAGAAACCCCCUGUGUACUGCAUCAUCACCGAGUAUAUGUCACAAGGAACACUCAGAAUGUACCUUAACAAGAAAGAGCCCUACUCUCUAUCAACAGAGACGAUCCUGAGGCUAGCUCUCGACAUAUCACGAGGGAUGGAGUACCUUCAUUCACAAGGUGUAAUUCACAGAGACUUGAAAUCAAACAAUUUGCUUCUGAACGAUGAGAUGCGGGUUAAGGUGGCAGAUUUUGGUACCUCGUGCCUAGAGACACAAUGCCUGGAGACUAAAGGAAACAAAGGCACUUAUCGGUGGAUGGCUCCUGAGAUGAUAAAGGAGAAACCUUACACUCGUAAAGUCGACGUCUAUAGCUUUGGGAUUGUCUUGUGGGAGCUCACCACGGCUUUGCUUCCAUUUCAAGGAAUGACUCCAGUCCAGGCCGCAUAUGCAGUGGCUGAGAAGAAGGAACGACCCCCGCUUCCAGCGAGUUGUCAGCCUGCACUUGCACACUUAAUCAAGUGUUGUUGGGCUGCUAAUCCAUCAAAGCGGCCAGAUUUCAGAGACAUUGUCUGUGCUUUGGAGAAAUAUGAUGAAUGCGUGAAAGAGGGUCUUCCUCUUACUUCACAUGCCAGACUAGUUAGACGCAACCUCAUUCUUGAACGGCUGAAAGGCUGCAUAUCUGUCAGCUCAUCAUCCUCGCCAUCAACAUCAUCAUCAUCAAUACCUGUACAUGCAUAGCUAUCCCAUCUUGUCGCAAAGCUACAGCAACAGAAGCAGCACACCACAUUCCCCAAGAGCUAAGAAAGAAGCUUUACCAGAUGAGGGAAGGGUUUGAAGACACAUCUCAACCCCCUUCGAAAAAAGAAAUUUUUUGGUUUGGGGUUUGCUUCACUUGGGUAGGGGGAUCUGGCAUCUGGACCAAGUAGAAGCAGGAAAACAUUAACGCCAGGGACGAUGAUUCCCCAAACAAAGCACUUUCAUUGUUUGGAUUUCACUUUCAACUGACUAGUGACUAGUAUGAUUGAUGUAAAUGUAAAACCUAGAUGUCUCUUGUAAUGAAUAUCAGAAAAGAUGCUAAACAAAAAGAAUAAUAGAAGGUAAUGUUCAUAACAAAGAAGCCGAACAAGAUCUGAGUUCAAAAAGUGAAAUUGUCAAUGACGAAACAACCAUAGUGUGAUUAAAUUUAGCCAUUUCUCAACCGAAAUCAUAAAAUAUUGAAUCUGUUGAAGCAUCAAUCCAGGUUACGUCAGCAGCAGAAGAACCAACUCAAAUUGGUCAUGUGAAUGCGCCUGCCUCUAAGAUGCACAAAAGCUCUGACCAAAUGAUCAACUCAAGGUAUAAAGUUUCUUCAAAUCAAGAACAAACAAAUUUAGCAUUGCCUUUCAUGAAGGAGCUGAAUCAUCAACCUGGACAGAUUGAGUUUGACCAAGCUCCUCAGGUUUUGAUUCAGAAUCAUGAUCAUGCGAGUUCAAUCCUAAGCACAAAUCUAAGGUACUCUCAUUCAGGUCUUGCCGUACCACUUGUUCAUCAUCCUGAGAGAAGCCAACAGGAAAUGACACAUCAGCAUAGAGGUGGGAAAUGAGAAGCAUCUCACAGUUUUCUGUGUGCUAUCUCAGAGCUAAAACCAUUUGGAACUGCAUUACUUGUGGAAAAGAAAAACAACCAACCAUGAUGGAAGCCAACAACAAAUCCCACAUUAGCAAAGAGGAACAAAAUGAGAAGCAUUAG